UCUGUUUCCAAGGACGGGACAGGUCUGAGGUGUGAGUCGCUCAUUAACAUAUCUUCUGUUUCCAAGGGCGGGAGAGGUCUGAGGUGUGAGUCGCUCAUUAACAUAUCUUCUGUUUCCAAGGGCGGGACAGGUCUGAGGUGUGAGUCGCUCAUUAACAUAUCUUCUGUUUCCAAGGGCGGGAGAGGUCUGAGGUGUGAGUCGCUCAUUAACAUAUCUUCUGUUUCCAAGGGCGGGAGAGGUCUGAGGUGUGAGUCGCUCAUUAACAUAUCUUCUGUUUCCAAGGGCGGGAGAGGUCUGAGGUGUGAGUCGCUCAUUAACACAUCUUCUGUUUCCAAGGGCGGGAGAGGUCUGAGGUGU